CUCUCUCUCUCUCUCUCGCUCUCGCUCUCCUCCCUUCGUCUCUCCUUAGAUCGCUACAAGCAGCACAGAGAGGAAAAAACUGUGAUCAGCCUUUUCCGCCCGCGAGCUCUCAUUUCCUCUCAGGACCUGUGGCGCUGCAGCGCAGAGGAACCGGAGCCCGGGGCCGUCGACGCGGACCGUCACGCCUCUGUCACGCAGCCCGUCGGCGGCGCAGUGCGCUCGGAGAGGCGCAAAGUGUGCGGCUGAACAGGGAUGGCGGCGCAUCUCCCAUCUCCGUGAACGCUCCUCCGGCUGUUUGUGCGACUCGUCGUUACGUAACGCGGCGCCUCGGGCUGACGCUGUUGAAGCUGGACUGUUGAGCGGUUGCUGUCGUUGACCAGAGCCCAGCGGGGAUGAGAACUCACCCGGAGUGGAUUUCGCUGGUGCGCUGCCAGGAGCAUCUGGAAAAGAUAAUCCAGGGACCCACUCCCAUAACUCACAGCCCAGACGUUUUGCGUUUUUAAUGUGAAAUUGGUUCAGUCACUCCGGCACCGUCUGCGUUGACUGGAACAGUCCGGGUUCAGACCCAGACAGGCGCUCGGGGUCCUGUGGCUUUGCUCGUAGCGAUGCAGUGAAGAUGUGUGCAGCCAGGUUCAGUGGCUGCCUCAACGGCGGUGCCGAGGACGCCGCCGGUGCCGCCGGUCCAGUCAUGGCCUCCAGGAUGCUGGACUGGACCGAGGCGGGUCCGCGCAUCCUCCACAGCCUGGAGAUCGGCACAGUGAUGACCCUGUUCUACCAGAAGAAGUCCCAGCGGCCGGAGAGGCGAACGUUCCAGCUGAGGCAGGACACCAGGCAGAUCGAGUGGAGCCGGAACCCGGACAAGACCGAAGGCGACGUGGACGUACGCGAGAUCCGGGAGCUGCGCUUGGGGAAGGGCUCCCGGGACUUCGAGCGCUACCCGGAGGAGGCCCGUAAGCUGGACUCCGCCCACUGCUUCAUCGUGCUGUACGGCCUGGAGUUCCGCCUCAGGACGCUCAGCGUGGCCGCGUUCAGUGAGGAGGAGGUCAACAUGUGGGUCACUGGUCUCAACUGGCUGAUGAUGGACACUCAGAGGGCGCCAGCGCCGCAGCAGAUAGACAGAUGGCUGAGGAAGCAGUUCGAGGUGAUGGACAGGAGCCACGAGGGCAGCAUCACCGUGAAGGACGUGAAAGCUCUGCUGCCUCAGAUCAACUACAGGGUCCCCAACAUGCGCUUUCUCAAAGACAAGCUUCAGGAAGUGGAGGCCAGGAGCGAUCUGUCCUACCCCAACUUCGCUCAGCUCUACAGAACUCUGAUGUUUGAUGCACAGAGGAGCAUUAUUGAGCAGCUGGAGCUUUCCUUCCCUCUGCGAAACGUCGACAGACCAGAGCUUUGUCAGAUCUCCCUCUACGACUUCCAGAAGUUUCUACAGAUGGACCAGAAGGAGUCGUGGGCGUCGGACCUGGGCCGUGUCAGAGAGUUUCUGUUGGGCUACAUGAGAGGAGGCCCUCAGCCGGAGCCGAUGCUGCAGCUGGAUGAGUUCCUGACUUUCCUGUUCUCAAAAGAGAAUUCUACGUGUGACCCUCGGCUUUCACCUGUUGUUCCUGAUGACAUGAAACGGCCUCUGUCUCAGUACUGGAUCUCGUCCUCACACAACACCUACCUGACAGGGGACCAGUUUUCCAGUGAAUCUUCUCUAGAAGCCUACGCCCGCUGUCUGAGGAUGGGCUGCCGCUGCAUCGAAUUGGACUGCUGGGACGGACCCGACGACCUGCCAAUCAUCUAUCACGGCCACACUCUAACCUCCAAGAUCAAGUUCCUGGAUGUGCUGCACACCAUCAAAGACCACGCGUUCGUCACGUCUGAAUAUCCUGUGAUCCUGUCCAUUGAGGACCACUGCAGCGUGGUCCAACAGAGGAACAUGGCCACUCACUUUAAGAAGGUGUUCGGAGAGCUGCUUCUCACAAAGCCUGUCGACAGCAGCGCAGAGGAGCUGCCUUCACCGCACCAGCUGCGCAGGAAGAUCCUCAUCAAGCACAAGAAGCUGGUGGAGGGGACUCUGUACGAAGAGGUGACGUCAGCCAGCUACUCUGAAAAUGACAUCAGCAACUCUCUGAAGAAUGGCAUCCUUUACCUCGAAGAUCCCAUCGAUCACACGUGGACUCCUCACUAUUUUGUCCUGACAAGUAAUAAAAUCUACUACUCAGAGGAGACUUCUCAUUACCAGACAGCUGAUGAAGAGGAAGAUGAUGAAGGAAAAGAGGAGUGCAACAACAACGAGCAGCACUGUGCCGAGCGCUGGUUCCACGGGAAGCUGGGCGGAGGUCGCGACGGGCGGCAGGUGGCCGAGAAGCUGCUGCAGGAAUACUGUGAGGGAGGAGGCAAGGACGGCACCUUCCUGGUGCGGGAGAGCGAAACGUUCGUGGGAGACUUCACCCUCUCCUUCUGGUCAGUUCAUUCAGAGCAAAGCAAUUUCAGGCGUUCGGGUCGCGUCCAGCACUGCAGGAUUCAUUCUCGCCAGGAAUCGGGCUCCACGCGGUUCUACCUGACCGACAACCUGGUGUUCGACAGCCUCUACCGCCUCAUCUGCCACUACCGAGACACGCCGCUGCGCUGCAACGAGUUUGAGAUGAGGCUGGGCAGCCCGGUGCCGCAGCCCAACGCUCACGAGAGCCGAGAGUGGUACCACUCCAACCUGAGCCGCGUUCAGGCCGAACACAUGCUGAUGCGUGUUCCCAGAGACGGAGCUUUCCUGGUGCGGAAACGCAACGAGCACAACUCCUUCGCCAUCUCCUUCAGGGCAGAGGGCAAGAUCAAACACUGCCGCAUCCAGCAGGAGGGACGGCUCUUCAUGCUCGGCAGCUCGGCCGAGUUUGAGAGUCUGGUGGACCUGGUGAGCUACUACGAAAAACAUCCUCUGUACCGCAAGAUGAGGCUCCGCUACCCCAUCAACGAGGACACCCUGGACCGGAUGGGCACCACGGAGCUCGACUACGGGGCGCUGUAUGAAGUUCGCACGCCGCAUUUCUAUGUGGAGGCCAAUAAAAUGCCCACGGCUCGGUGCACAGUCAAAGCUCUGUACGACUAUCGAGCUCAGAGAGAAGACGAGCUCUGUUUCCCCAAACAGGCUCUCAUCCUCAACGUGGACAAACAGGAGGGCGGCUGGUGGCGAGGCGACUACGGGGGGAAGAAACAGCUGUGGUUUCCUGCUAACUACGUGGAGGAGGUGCCCCACUCCCCCACCAGAGAACUGGACGAGGCCUCCACAGAGAACAGUCCUCUGGGCACAUUCCUAAAGGGCUUCAUCGACGUGCCGACCUGCCACGUGGUCAUUCAUAAAGAUGGGAAGAACUCUCGACCGUACGUCUUUACGAUCCACUCCCAGCACUUGUCCUCUCACCCGGUUCAGACCCUGGACGUGGCAGCAGACAGUCUGGAGGAUCUGACCAGCUGGGUCAGCAGGAUCAGAGAGGCUGCACAGAACGCCGACGCUCGGAUGCAGGAGGAGAAACAGAUGGAGAGAAGGAAGAAGAUCGCAGUGGAGUUGUCUGAACUGGUGGUUUACUGCAGACCCGUUCCCUUCAAUGAAGACAAGAUCGGCACAGAGCGAGCGUGUUAUCGGGACAUGUCGUCCUUCCCAGAGACGAAAGCGGAGAAGUUUGCCACGCGCAGCCGAGGAAAACGCUUCCUGCAGUACAACCGCCGCCAGCUGUCCAGGGUUUACCCCCGAGGACAGAGACUGGACUCGUCCAACUACGACCCACUACCCAUGUGGCUCUGCGGCUCCCAGCUGGUCGCACUAAACUUCCAGACCCCAGAUAAACCCAUGCAGCUCAAUCAGGCCUUGUUCAUGCUCGGCGGCGGCAGCGGGUACGUUCCCCAGCCCGACAUCAUGAGGGACGACACGUUCGACCCGUUCGACAAGGACACAUUGCACGUGGAGCCCAUCACCAUCCAGAUACAGGUGCUGGGGGCCCGUCAUCUGCCCAAGAACGGUCGGAGCAUAGUCUGUCCCUUUGUGGAGGUGGAGAUCUGUGGAGCUGAUUAUGACAGCGCCAAGUGUAAGACAGAUGUUGUAGCGGAUAACGGUCUGAAUCCCGUGUGGGUGCAGAAGCAGUUCGUCUUUGACAUCCAUAACCCCACCUUCUCCUUCCUGCGCUUCACUGUCUAUGAGGAGGACAUGUUCAGUGAUCCCAACUUUCUGGCACAAGCGACGUAUCCGGUCCGUCUGCUACGAACAGGCUACAGGAGCGUGCCGCUGAAGAACAGCUACAGUGAGGAGCUGGAGUUGGCGUCGCUGCUGGUUCACAUAGAGAUCGUCAACGCAAAGGAAGAAGAUGACGAGAACCUGUACACAUCCAUACAGCGGCUGAGAGAUCGAACCAGCGAGCUGUCCACCCAGGUCUCGCUGCUGGAGCGGUCCGGCUCCGCAGACCUCAGCUACCAGCAGAGUCUGGAGGAGCUGAGAGCAGCUCAGGAUCAGCUGAGUGAGCUGGUGGAAGCCCGGAACCGCAGGUUAAUGGAGAAGAAAAGGAGAGAGAAGCUGCGGCAGCAGGUGGCGGCAAAACGCUCUUAAUCCUCUGCUCACGUCCAACACAACCAGUGCCUGACACACGGCCUGAUGGAGCAAACAGGGAAUCCGUGUAUAACUGGAUGAGACAAUGAAACCACGGCUCUGCCAACGGCCAGGAGUCAGUUAGGUGAAGAACUGAAGCAUCUCAUGGACUCAAACUCAAAACUAAGCUAUAAAAACUAUCCUAGGCUGAAAAGAAGAUGUUUUACUCAUCUUCUUUUAACAGACUGAGCUGAAGAGGCAAACUGUUGAUUUUGAAUCAGUGCUGUAUAACUGAUUUUAAUUUUAUAAACUAAAAGGCCAGUAACUUUGCGAUAAGAGCCUUUUACAUUUGUUGUUCUGCUACUUUGUAAGAAUAAGCUCAUCUUUUUAGGUGUUGUUGAUCAGAAGCUCUAGAGUUAAACCAAUUAAGAGGUUUUCCUGACUUGUUUUGGAUAAUUUGUUAAUUUAAAGCAGCAAAAGGCUCAAUACUGGAAACACUUCUAUGCUCUUGCUGUCUUUUGGGCUUUGUUGUAAGGAUGUUUUUUCCUCAGGUUACACAAACGGAGAGAUGUUUUUAGACUGGAUGAAAAAGGGAGUGGGCACAUGUAGCAAAAAGGAAACUUCCUAUGUGCCUUUGACGUUGAGCUUUGUAGAGUAAAAUCUGACGUAUUAGAAUCUGUCUGCUUUCUGGAACGGAGGGAAAACUACUAACAAGGACUCCACUUGUUUGGCUCAGACCACUACUCAUGAAAUGGGUUUAAGGGGAUUUAAAGACUGAUGGUUUUCCUACUAAUAAAGACAAAGUCUAUUCUGGGUAAUCAGAUGAACUCUGGCCCCAGGAGGCAACAGGC